AAAAAAUUUAACUGAGCCUGAGUGCGUCAACGACCAAAGAAGAAAAAUAUAGCAGUGAACUUUAUAAAAAGUAAAAGCCAGGACGUCAAAAAAGGCAGGGAUCCGUGGGCUGUACCAUAGACUACUAAAAGAGAAUAGUGCUUGACUCCGUUGAAUUGAUUACUACAAUCGGCAAGAUGCAGACCCAAAUCGGUGUUGGUAACGAGCUGCAGAGAAGCUACAGGAUGCAAGAUUUUGCAUCUCCCGGCGUCAUCAUGCGGGAGCGGAGCUUCAUUCGCCCUCAAUCCCAUCACAAUAUGCAUCAUAACCAGUUCAACAAUGCAAAACGACGGAGCAUGAUUCUGACCAACGCUAAAGGGAAACCUACGCUGGAAAUUUACAGACCUCCUGGUGUCCGCACAGACGGCGUGGCGACUACAGCUGCCACUUCGGGAACGACGACCUCGACCACAGCGGCCACUGCAUCUACACCCGCCUCGACCAACAAGCUCAAUGUUCACGCUAAGGAGUUCACCAUGGCCAAGCCUGCCGACCUGCAAAAUAGGCCGGCGAUGGGCAUCGGCUACGCGACGGUGGGGCUGCAGCACUCGCGCUCGGCGGUGCUGCACGCGCACGUACCGCCGCACUACCGGCCCGUCAUGCCGCCCCACGCACUCCUCAACAGCGCCUCCAGCGGGAACGUGCCGCAUGCACAGGUGGGACCUCGUGUCCACUUCAAGCUGCAGCCUCAGCAAGCGAUCAUUCCGGAGAAGAAGAAGUCGCCGCCUUCGUCCCUGACGAACGGCAAUGGCAAGAGUAUUAGGCCUCAGUCGUUCACGCCUGGCCUUAAGCGCUCCAAGUCGUUGACGUCGGCUGACGCGCUGGCCAGUGGCAUGGCGGCCUUGGGACUCGCUGCCGAUGCAGGGGACCUCGGCAACUUCCCGCCCGAAAUUCAGGAAUGCAUCGAUAAGGCUCUCGAAGACCCGAACGCAGUAUCAGCGCGCACCCUGAUGGACGCGGUGGGUCACCUGGUGUCGCGCGCGGUGGAGUCCCCGCGGUACGCGCUGCCGGCCGCGCGGCGCUGCAUCGCCGUCGUGGAGCGAGAGAGUACCGAGACCUUCCUCGAGUCGCUGCUCAACACCUGCCAGCAGUGGUACCACGACCGGGACAAGUUGCUGGGCUCGACGGUGGGCGGCGGUCGUCCCCGCCUGAUGGCGUUCCUGUCGUUCCUGCUGGAGAUGUACUGCCAGCUCCGACGGCGCGCCAUCCAGCGCCGCGGUGCCUCCGCUCAGCCUGGACAGGUGCUGCUCACGCUCAUCUGCAAGUGCUGCGAGGACUGCAUCCGUCAGCCUGUGCCUUCUGCUAGCGAUACGGAGAACCUGUUCUUCGUGCUGACGUACAUCGGGCGCGACCUGGAGUCGCAGCUGCCGGGCGAGCUGGAGCGGCUGCUGACGGCGGUGCGCGACGCGUUCCUGACGGCGGGCGCGGCGCCCUCCAUCCGCCGCACGCUGCUGCAGCUCAUCGAGCUGCACGCCUCGCGCUGGCAGCUGCCGGGCUGCGCCGUGCUCUACUACUACCCCUCCUCCAAGUGACACCCGCGCGGGCUCGUCUCUAUUCAGCACCUCGAUUGCGAUGCAAUUCCUGAUCCAACUAAAUUAUUCGCUAAAAUUUGCCUUCUGCACUAAAGAUACCCGGUGACAUCUUAGCGUACCCAGGAACUGCCACGUUGUAUGCCCAUAAAGUGGACAGUCCCCUGAUGUAGUGUAGAGUAUUCCGUGUCGUAUCUUAAGUUAGCGAGUACUGCUUAAUGAGAUUUAGUUAAUGGCGACUACUCUCGGUGGUGGUAUAUUCGGUUUCUCGUAAAUUGCUCGGUGUAUUAUUUCAUGCGGCGACAAGCCUUUGACAGUGAGCGCUGGUCCCGAGGGUACGAUAUUAUUCAGUAGGGAGUAAUUAUGUUAGAUUAGUAUACAAAGGUUACAAGCAUUUCUUGUAGUGUUUGAUUUGUUUCUACUUGACCUUCUUAGCGUUGCGUUAGUUGUACAGGAGGUCUUCUUUUGUUGUCCCUUAUACGUAUCGUAGGCAUGAUGCUGCCAUAAGCUCAUUUAUUGUGCCUUUAAAGAUUUUAGUAGUGAUAGACACGUUCUCCACGCUCUCGAGUCAUUAUAAAAAUUAUUUUGUAAUAUUUAUCGGACGUAAGACGCACUCGGGAGCGCGGAACGUAGCAAUUAAAAUGUAAGGUGUAGUUUAGCUUAAGGUGGAUUUAGUAAACGCAAGAUAUGCCUUGAAAGUAUUAAAAAGUACGUGUAACAUAAGUAGUAGGACAAAACGACGAUGUACAUUACUGUACGUUCUUCGCAUAGUAUUUGGUGCAUUGUACCCUUUGUCGGUUGUGUCUAACUGUAGUGUCGCAGUGUCGCCAUCUAUACGUAGCGCUUGUAGUAGUAGCCUGUAGCACGGCCACGCUCCACGGCCCGCACUAUACGUUAUGCACUCUGCUCCUAGUUUAUUUUGCCUUAGCGUAGAUGUCCCAAUUAUGGAAAUGAUCAUUCUAUUAAAUUAUAGAUGAAUCUUAUCAGCUUUCUUACACGACGAUCAUAUGAAUGUAUGACUGAACUUCCUAAGUAUGAAGUGUUUCAAUUUAUUAUGCUUGUGAUAUUAUAAAUUUAAGUUAUGUAAUCUCUGAUAAUAUCUCUUCUGUCCUAACCAAAGACUGUACUGACGAUGUGGAGAUUCAUGAUAUUAUUAACAAAGUGUAAACUGAAUGUUGUUGAAGCUGGACCAAAUUAUCUUCGUGUGUCGCCGCUGGCUCUGUAACCGUCGCGGCCACACAUCACUUCAGUGACUAUUGUAAGUUCAUUUAGUUGUAGACACGUACUCCUACGUCUGAUCACCAUUAUCAAACUAAUGAUUUUUUUAAUAUUAGUUAAUUACAUUAUUAUGGAAAAAGUUAAAAGACCAUAAACUUUUCGUUAUUACUAUGCAUUCGUAGCAAUAUAAGGUAAUGGUAUGUUUGUAGAAAAGUUGAAAAAAUAAAAAAAAAUGGUGCUAACAAAAAUAUUGGUGUAUUGUAUAUUAUUUUAAUAGACUACGGGCAAUAACAUUGUUCUCGUUACCGCUAUAAUUUUGUACGAAUAAAACAUAAAAAUGAUAUAUAACCAAUAAAUUAUAUAAAUAAAA